UUGUUUUAUGUUGUAUUGGUUUUGGGGGGGAAAAGAAGAUGAAACUGUCCCCCUCAGUGGAAAAGGUGUGGACGAGGAUCGUCUUCUAGGUUAAUCGAUCGACGAGCCGCCACUAAUCAUGAUCAUCUCCCUGCAGCCGGAUGGCGGGUGAGCGCGCGCCCGCGUCGUCUCGAGAACGCGCCUCCUGGCGCACAUGGAGCUUAUUGAGGUGGCGAGCAGAGGAGGAGGAGGAGGAUGAAGAUGAUCCAGCAGCGUGUGAUGGAAUGUACAAAGCGACGAUCAAUCAAUCGAUCCUUCGACGUGACACACCAUCAACCUUCACGUGCGUGAUGCAGCAGCGUGGAUGGGCAGACGGACACGCGCGCAGGUGGUCCAGGGCGCCGUCCCAAACAGGCAGAGUGGACCAGCUGAAUGUUGGACGCAGACCUUCUGGAUGGUCCGCACACAGGAAGUGACACUCUCCUCAGGCGAAGGAGUCAAUCAGUGAGGACGAAGGGGGCGGAGUCACAUGGGACGCACGAGCCAUGGAAGUCAAAGGUCAACUCAUCUCAGCACCUGCUGUGGUCACAUGCUGGGACAGGAAGCAGAGGGAGCGCAUGGCGGAGCUGCAGGAGAAGAGGCGGAGCCUGCAGGCGCUGCUCAGCGUGCGAUUGGCGGAGCUGAGGCGGGUGUGUCUGCAGGAGGCGGAGCUGACGGGCGCGCUGCCCGCCGACUUCCCGUUGGCGACGGGGGAGAAGCCCCCCUCCGUGAAGCGCAGGGGCGGGGCCUCGUGCCAAGCAAACAGGAAGUGCAGAGGAGAGGAAGAAGACAAUCAGCGAGUGAAGCCUAAAAAAACUUUAUUCAGCGGAGCGCUGAGGAAACACAACGACCGAGAACACAACGUGCACACACAACACGGCAAGACGACUGUGCACAGAGGAUGUCACACUGACGACACAGUGAGGUCAGAGAGCAGCUCCACGUCUGACUCUACAGGACACGACAACGAUGAGUGUGUGGCUCAGGGUCGCCCCCUGCUGGUGGGCACUGGUUCUCCAGUGGAGCUCUUCUAUCCCAGCAAAGCCAGGAGGAGUUCGCUGUGCCACAGGGCGGAGCUUCCUGAGGUUCUCGCCAGCCACAGGCCCCUCCUCCUCCAGCUCCCCACCCCUCCUCGCUCCCACGACAGCUCGCCGACCUCCCGCCCGUCCGAGGCGGCCCGUCGCGGCAACAGCGCAGACGGGCCGCCAGAGGAGGAGGAGGGAGGGGUGGCACGGUCCGGAGGAGGCGCCGUCGGCCCCCCAGAGGCGGGGCGGGGCUACGGCGACCUCCUGCUGGAUUACGUGCUGACCAAACAGCGGCAGCGCGCCAAGCCGCACCGGCCGCCGCCGCACUACAACGGCCACGCCACCUCCCGGCCGCCCCCGGUGGCGCCGCCCGCCUACCGCGUUCACAUGGGCGAGCAGCGCCGCGUCAAGGUCACCCGCACCAAGUCCUGCGGCCCCUUCCUGCCCGUGUCGCAGGCCGACGCCCACAUCCAGCCCGACCCCCACCCCCACCUGCUGCCCCCGCAGCCGGCCCCCGCGCAGGACGCCCGCCCGGGGGGAGCCGCCAGGAACCUCCACAAGGCCCUCGCCCUGGAAGGUCUGAGGGACUGGUACUUGAGGAACACCGCAGGCUCCUCCCACGCCGACGGCAAGGUCAAAGGUCAAGGCGGGGGCACCGCACAGCGCAGACGCACCACUCACGGCCUGCAAGGGGCGCUGCCGCACUCCGUCACCUUCCACGGACACCCGCUGCACGGCAGGUCUGUGGACGGCUCGCUCUACCUGGACUCCGCCCCUCCCCGCAAACAGGAAGUCCCUCUCAGGGAAGCGCCUGCAGAACCGACGUCGCCAGGGACUCUGGUCUGACCGCUCGGCCGAUCAGGACGGCGCCACUUCAGGAAGUGGGCGGCGGCGCUGAGCCUUCGCAUGCCGCCGCCGCCGCCUCAGGGAGAGCAAUCUUUUCACGCUUGGUGACUACGCCCAAAGACUCCGCCCACCAGCCCCGAGGACGCGGAAGAGAGAGAGAGAGCAAUAAUGAGUGGUUUCUUUGUCGUCGUUCAGGUUCUACCUGAAGCACGUAAGCAAACAUGGCGGCCGUCUCCACGACGCCAUCAAGGACGCCCGAUGACGUCAUCACGUGACCACUUCCUUCAGGUGUGGCUGUGUGAGAGGAGCAAUGUUUUUAUUGAUUUCAAUCAGCUGAGGUGACAAUCACAUGACGGGUAUUGAUCAGAGGCGUAUUGAUUAGGGACAGGGGUGUCCAAACCUUUUACACAGAGGGCCGCCCACCCUCACAAUUUUUCAUUUUCAAAACCAAUACAGUAUUUAUUGUAACACAAUUUUGGCGAUCGUUAAAGGUCCUGGGGACCCAAAAGGGUCUCAGUCGUUAAAGUGUUAAAAAUAAAAAAUAAAGUUUUUACUUUCAACGCUAAAAUAUGAAAUCUGACUAAAGGCUUCGGGGGACCCAAAAGGGUCUCAGUCAUUAAAGUGUUAAAAAAAAAAAAUUUUUUUACUUUCAACGCUAAAAUAUGAAAUCUGACUAAAGGCUUCGGGGGACCCAAAAGGGUCUCAGUCGUUAAAGUGUUAAAAAUGUAAAAAAAAUUUACUUUCAAUGCUAAAAUAUGAAAUCUGACUAAAGGCUUCAGGGGGCCCAAAAGGGUCUCAGUCGUUAAAGUGUUGAAAAUAUAUAUAUUUUUUACUUUCAACGCUAAAAUAUGAAAUCCGACUAAAGGCUUCAGGGGACCAAAAAGGGUCUCAGUGGUUAAAGUGUUAAAAAUAAAAAAAUGUUUUUACUUUCAACGCUAAAAUAUGAAAUCCGACUAAAGGCUUCAGGGGACCCAAAAGGGUCUCAGUCGUUAAAGUGUUAAAUUGUUUUUAUUUUUUUUACUUUCAACGCUAAAAUAUGAAAUCUUACUAAAGACUUCAGGGGACCCAAAAGGGUGUCAGUCGUUAAAGUGUUAAAAAUAAAAAAUUGUUUUACUUUCGACGCUAAAAUAUGAAAUCCGACUAAAGACUUCGGGCGACCCAAAAGGGUCUCAGUCGUUUAAGUGUUAAAAAUAAAAAAAAUUUUUUUUACUUUCAACGCUAAAAUAUGAAAUCUGACUAAAGGCUUCGGGGGACCCAAAAGGGUCUCAGUCAUUAAAGUGUUAAAAAUAAAAAAAAUUUUUUUACUUUCAACGCUAAACUAUGAAAUCUGACUAAAGGCUUCGGGGGACCCAAAAGGGUCUCAGUCGUCAAAGUGUUAAAAAUAAAACAUUAUUUUUACUUUCAACGCUAAAAUAUGAAAUCUGACUAAAGGCUUCGGGGGACCCAAAAGGGUCUCAGUCGUUAAAGUGUUAAAAAUAAAACAUUAUUUUUACUUUCAACGCUAAAAUAUGAAAUCUGACUAAAGGCUUCGGUGGACCCAAAAGGGUCUCGGUCGUUAAAGUGUUAAAAAUGAACUUUUUUUUUUACUUUCAACGCUAAAAUAUGAAAUCUGACUAAAGGUUUCGGGGGACCCAAAAGGGUCUCAGUCGUUAAAGUGUUAAAAAUUAAAAAUUGUUUAACUUUCAACGCUAAAAUAUGACAUCUGACUAAAGACUUCAGGGGGCCCAAAAGGGUCUCAGUCGUUAAAGUGUUAAAAAUAAAACAUUUUUUUUACUUUCAACACUAAAAUAUGAAAUCUGACUAAAGGCUUCAGAGGACCCAAAAGGGUCUCAGUCGUUAAAGUGUUAAAAAUUUACAUUUUUUUUACUUUCAACGCUAAAAUAUGAAAUCUGACUAAAGGCUUCAGGGGGCCCAAAAGGGUCUCAGUCGUUAAAGUGUUGAAAAUAUAUAUAUUUUUUACUUUCAACGCUAAAAUAUGAAAUCCGACUAAAGGCUUCAGGGGACCAAAAAGGGUCUCAGUGGUUAAAGUGUUAAAAAUAAAAAAUUGUUUUUACUUUCAACGCUAAAAUAUGAAAUCCGACUAAAGGCUUCAGGGGACCCAAAAGGGUCUCAGUCGUUAAAGUGUUAAUUUUUUUUAAUUUUUUUUACUUUCAACGCUGAAAUAUGAAAUCUUACUAAAGACUUCAGGGGACCCAAAAGGGUGUCAGUCGUUAAAGUGUUAAAAAUUUAAAAAUUGUUUUACUUUCGACGCUAAAAUAUGAAAUCCGACUAAAGACUUCGGGCGACCCAAAAGGGUUUCAGUCGUUUAAGUGUUAAAAAUUAAAAAUUGUUUAACUUUCAAUGCUAAAAUAUGACAUCUGACUAAAGACUUCAGGGGGCCCAAAAGGGUCUCAGUCGUUAAAGUGUUAAAAAUAAAACAUUAUUUUUACUUUCAACGCUAAAAUAUGAAAUCUGACUAAAGGCUUCGGGGGACCCAAAAGGGUCUCAGUCGUUAAAGUGUUAAAAAUAAAAAAAAAUGUUUUUACUUUCUACGCUAAAAUAUGAAAUCUGACUAAAGGCUUCUGGGGACCCAAAAGGGUCUCAGUUGUUAGUGUUAAAAAUAAAAACAAUUUUUUACUUUCACUGCUAAAAUAUGAAAUCUGACUAAAGGCUUUGGGGUACCCAAAAGGCUUCAGGGGACCCAAAAGGGUCUCAGUCGUUAAAGUGUUAAGAAAUAAAACAAAUGUUUACUUUCAACGCUAAAAUAUGAAAUCUGACUAAAGGUUUCGGGGGACCCAAUAGGGUCUCAGUCGUUAAAGAGUUGAAAAUAAUUUUUUUUUUACUUUCAACGCUAAAAUAUGAAAUCUGACUAAAGGCUUCGGGGGACCCAAAAUGUUCUCAGUUACCAAAGUGUUCAAAUAAAAACAAGCCAUUUAUUUUAUUUCAUUUUUUAACUUUCAACGCUAAAAUAUUAAGUGAUCAAUUUGCUGUUUAUCUGUGGACACAAAGUACAUUUUUAAAAUAGUUUUACGCCCUUUUGGUCAAAGAAACUUUUUUUUUUAUGGCAAACAACACAAAAUAUGCAAUAUGUUCUUAAAGGUCCCGGGGAACCCAAAUGGGUCUCAGUCAUUAAAGUGUUAAAAAUAAGUCUUUUUAUAUAUAUACUUUACUAAAAUAUCUAUUGAUCAACUUGAGAUCUAUCUGUUGACAUAAAGUUUUCAUUUUUUGAAAUGUUUUAUGCUCUUUUAGUCUAAGAUUUUUUUUUUUUAUGGCAAAAACGCCAAAUAUGCAAAAUUUUCUCCCGAAAACUGUUUCAGGUGGAAUAUUUACUGUGAAGUAAUUGGAGCCUUAAAAAGGUGAACAACUCAUGACAACAUUAUUAUUUUUUGAACAAUGAAAUCUGACUAAAGGCGCCGGGGACCCAAAAGGGUCUCAGUCACCAAAGUGUUAAAAUAAAAACAAGCCAUUUUAUUUUAAUUUUUUAAACUUUCAACGCUAAAAUAUUAAGAGAUGAAGUGUCAGUCUAUCUGUUGACACAAAGUUCAACAUUUUUUAAAAUAUAUUUUAUGACCUUUUGGUCAAAGAAAAAACUGUUUUUGAAGGUCCCAGGGAAAAUAAGUCAUAUAUUAUUUUAUUUUUUACUUUCAACGCUAAAAUAUUUAUAGAUCAACUUGAGAUCUAUCCGUUGACACAAAGUUUAUUUGUAUUUAUUGUUUUAUGCCCUUUUGGUCGAAGGAAACUUUUUUUUAUGGCAAAAAAACACAAAAUAUGCAAUAUAUUCUUAAAGGUCCCGGGGACCCAAUUGGGUCUCAGUCAUUAAAGUGUUAAAAAUAAGUCUUUUUUUUAUAUAUACUUUACUAAAAUAUCUAUUGAUCAACUUGAGAUCUAUCUGUUGACAUGAAGUUUUCAUUUUUUGAAAUGUUUUAUGCCCUGUUUUUUAUGGCAAAAACACAAAAUAUGCAAUAUUUUCUCCUAAAAACUGUUUAAAGUGUAAUAUUUGAUGUGAAGUAAUUGGAGUGAACAACUCAUGACAACAUUAUUAUUUUUUUAACAAUGAAAUCUGACUAAAGGCCCCAGGGACCCAAAAGGUUCUCAGUCACCAGAGUGUAAAAAAAAUAAAAACAAGACAUAUAUUUUAUUUUUUUAAAUAUUGAGAGAUCAAUUUGCUGUCUGUUGACACAAAGUAAAAAUUGUUUUUAUUGUUUGAUGCCCUUUUUGUCAAAGAAAAUCCUGUGUUUUUUUUAUGGCAAAAACACAAAAUAUGCAAUAUUUCCUCCCAAAAGUAGUAAUUGGCGCCUUUGAUAGGUCAAUGACGUAUAACAACAUUGAUUUUGAUUUAUUAUUAUUUUUUGAACAAUGACAGUUAAAAAAAAUCAGACUAAAGGCCCCCAAAAGGGUCUCAGUCAUCAAAGUGUUUAAAAAAAGCCACAUAUUUUAUUAUUUUAACUGUGAACGCUAAAAUAUCUAUGGAUCAAGUUGCGGUCUAUCUGGUGACACAAAGUAAAACAUUUUUUUAAUGUUUUAUGCCCUUUUGGUCAAAGAACAAACUGUUUUUAAAGGUCUCGGGGACCCAAAUGGGUCUCAGUCAUUAAAGUGUUAAAAAUAAGUAAUAUAUUAUUAUUUGUUUUACUUUCAACACUAAAGUAUCUAUACAUCACAUUGAGAUCUAUCCUUUGACAUAAAGUUUUAAUUUUUUAUUCAUGUUUUAUGCUCUUUGUUUGUCAAAGAAAACCCAGUUUUUUUACAGCAAAAACACAAAAUAUGCAAUAUUUUCUCCCCAAACCUGUUCAAAGUGGAAUAUUUGAUGUGAAGUAAUUGGAGCCUUAAAUAGAUAAGUCAUAUAUUAUUUGUUUUUUACUUUCAACGCUAAAAUAUCUAUAGAUCAACUUCAUCUGUUUGUUGACAUAAUCUUGAAGUAUUUUUUAAAUUUGUGAUGCCUGUUUGUUUUUAUGGCAAAAACACAAAAUAUGCAAUAUUUUCCUCCCAAAAAAGUAUUUGAUGUGAAAUAAUUGGCACAUUAAAUCGCUCAGUGUGUCAUAACAUUAUUAUUUUUUUAUUAUUAUUUUUUGAAUAAUGACAGUUAAAAAAAACACACUAAAUGUCCCGGGGACCCGAAAGGGUCUCAGUCAAAAAAGUGUCAAACAGGUCACGUAUUAGUUUUUUUCAACUUGAAAUGUAUCCGCUGACAUAAAGUUUAAAUUUUCUUAAUGUUUUAUGCCAUUUUAUGUAAAAAAACAAAAACAUUAAUUUUGAUUCAUUAUUAUUUUUUUAAUAUGGACAGUUACAAAAAAUCAGACUAAAGGUCUGGGGAUUAAAAAAAAGUGCCAAAAACAAGUCAAAUAUUUGCUUUUUUUUAAAAAUUUACUUAUUUUAUUUUUAAAAAAUGUUUUAAGCCAUUUUUGUCAAAUAAAACUGUUGAAAAAAACACAAAAUAUGCAAUACCCCCAACGUUCAAAGUGAAAUAUUUGAUGUGAAGUAUUUGGCGCCUUAAAUAGUUCAAAAAUUAUUAUAUAAUUAUUUGAACAAUGACAGUGCAACAAAAAAAAAUCAGACUAAAGACCCCGGGGACCCAAAAGGGUCUCAGUCAUCAAAGUAUCAAAAA